AUGAUAACUAGGGCGAUAGAUCCGGCGAAGAAGAAUCUGAAUCUGGCUGGAAAAGUAGAAUCGGCGAGCGUUUAUUUUGAUUUUCCGUUCUUUCGUGUGUUCCGUCAACGUUCGCGUUUCCCGUUGACCGUCGUCAUUUGCCGUUAUCCGUCCGUUUCUUCCGUUAAGCGUUCCGUUAGUUUUCCAGGUAUGCGUUGUUCGUCGUGUAAGGUUGCGUUCGUCGAUGGAGUUUGA